AUGAAUGAAAAUAUUCUCUCAUUUCAGAUUAGAUUUACACUACCUUCACAAUCAAUUUCUCUCACAAAUCAAGUCACACAAGCGUUUGAUGAAACAGAAAGUUGUAAUAAACACAUCACAUCAACUCAAUCAAAACAAACCUCAAUUCAUCAUCGUAUGAAACUUGUCAUUCGUCUCAUGAACACAAUCAAUUUGUUACUUCCAUACAUUCUUCUAAUAUUCUCACAGUCCAAUAAAAAUCGUAGUCUACUGAAUACAGAUGAAAUUGCAAUCACUGUUGAUGAGGUUGUUAUGAGAAGGAGAUUGGAAGGGAUUAUUUCAAGUCUGAUUGAACAUUUAAUACAGUUACCAUGUAUAAUUGAUGAGUUCUCGUCAGAUUAUGUGAAUCGAGAAUGUUCUGAUCAAUCUAACUGUUUUCAAAUUGAAUUAGAAUCAUGGAUUCGACAAUAUGAAAUGUCGAGAUUGGUGAGUCAAUCAUUGCGAAUAGUGAAUCUCUUCAAUUUGUUUGAGUGA